GACAGCGUGGAGCAGGAUGGCGACGAGCCGGGGCCCCAGUGCUCUGUUGAAGGCUGGAUUCUCUUUGUCUCCGGGGUCCAUGAGGAAGCCACGGAGGAAGACAUCCAUGACAAAUUCGCAGAGUAUGGGGAAAUAAAAAACAUCCACCUCAACCUGGACAGGCGCACGGGGUACCUGAAGGGGUAUACUCUCGUUGAGUAUGAAACAUACAAGGAGGCCCAGGCUGCGAUGGAGGGACUCAACGGCCAGGAUCUGAUGGGACAGCCGAUCAGUGUGGACUGGUGUUUUGUUCGGGGUCCACCCAAGGGCAAGAGGAGGGGUGGCCGGCGGCGCAGCAGGAGUCCAGACAGAAGGCGACGCUGACAGGUCCUCUGCUGGCCAGGUGUUCCCUGCAGAGAUUCCAUGUGACCACACAGCCUUGGAGAAGUAGGGCCCCGGUGGAACUUGCUGUUUAUAUUUAAUCCUUUACCCUCUUGCUUAGUGUUUUGGAACUUGGGGGUGGAGGGGUAGGGGGGGUUGAAUUAUAAAUAAAUGUCCCAUUUUUGUUUUCUACA